CGUGUCUAGUUUGAUUUCCAUGCCCUCACCGUCUGGUCCGCUUUCCACUCGCUUAGAUGACAGCACAUACCAGCAUCGAUUGAUUGUAUCUGCCCAUUCACCAGUGAUUACCAUGACAUGCCAGGCUCGCCGCUAUAUAUGGGGUCUUGUUUUGGCGUAUUCUUUGCAUCUGACUCUUGUAUGUGGUGCGGUUAUUGCGUCUACAUUAUUAUACAGUAUUUUCCAGCAAUACCGACAGGAACAACAUGUGGUGGCUAUUCUUGUAGACGAUGUGCUUGAUAUGGUGCAUACUGAAUCUGACAACCACCAUCGUGAUCCGAUACGUUAUCCAGCACCUGGACUCUCUAUUGUUCAACUUCGAGAUCAUUUACUACUCUCACAAACACGUGGUAAAGGACAGGAAUCGUUUUCAAGCGCAGAUGGAUCUUUACUCAAGCGCAAAAGCAUUACAGUACCAUACAUGACGUAUAUGGAUCCACUUGGUAGGACAAUCUGGGCUAUUCCAGAUGCAACUACACGCAAGCGGCUAUGGACACUUGUUACCACAGAGAUUUCCAAGACAAGUGCCAUUCGAAAGACAACAAUGGAGGUCAAGGGUCAACCGCAAGAUUUAUGGAUGUGGGUUGCUAGUCCUGCGCUAUCUCCACGUAAACCGCGAUCAUCUGGCAUAAAUGAGUUUAUUGGUACGCCUAUAUCAAAAUAAAAAUCAAUCUAUUGUUUAAAUUU